UUACUUUCUGGUAUAGAUGGACGAAGUGUAGGUAAUUGAAUAAAAAAGGAAGAGAACAAUAGUAUAACUUUAGACAAUCAAUAAUUAAUACAUAAUUAUAUUAUAUAAUUUUAGAAAAAGAUACUUUGUUUCAUAAAUUCAGAUAAAUCUGGCAAACCUUUUCGCCGGGGAACCGAUAAUAAAAGAAACUGCAACAAACUAUAUCUUCUACAGGGAUUAUUUUGUUACUCCUACUAGCCUUAGCUCUGAUCAUGCUUUUUGGCAUCACGUCACCCUGAGCAAUUGGGAUUCUGUCUAACUAACGACUUACGAGUUUAUAUACAUAGAUGUCACCGAUCACAUUUAUUUUGUAAGCAUCCGAUCUGCACCAAAGAAAACACACCCGUCCCGGCCCUCAACUGAUCGCAGACGCUGAAGCAUGGGCGACAAAGAUUACAUAGACAUUCGAGCCAAGGGCUUAGGCCGCGAUGCUACAGUCUCCUUGCGCCAGAACGAACUCAUCCGAAACCUCCGCGCCUUGGUGGCCGUGCGCUUUGAAGAGGCCAUUCCUCGGAUCGUCCUGGUCUUCGCUGGCCAGGUGCUGAGCGAUGUGGGCACCAUCGACAGCAAGGGUAUCGUCUCCGGGGUCACGGUGCAUGUGGUUCUUCGUACGGGCGAGCCUGGUCGUCCCUUUCCGACACCGAGCUCGGUUCCCAACACCACUCCACUGGCGGGCGACCGUCCGAUGAGGAUGCUCAACUCGGCCAGCAUUGCCUACCUGCUGGACGAGCCUAACGUACUGCGCAGCCUGUUGCAGGCAGAUCCGCGGAUCCGGAACCUCCUUGAGGAAAAUGCCGCUAUGCGCCACUACCUCAACAGCGACCAGAACCUACGAGAGAUGCUCUCGAUGGCCUUCAGUCCCGCAAAGCAGGAGCUGGGUCGCCGACGCGACCUCUACCUAUCGCGCAUGGAGUUCGUGCCCGGCGGAUACAAGCUGCUGGGUCGCCUUAACUACUGCAUGCUCCAGGCCUACGAGGAUAACGUGGCCAUGUCCUUUCAGCAAGUCUCACGCGGCGGUUCGAGGUGCUCGAAUCCGCAACAGGGUGUUGAAAACCGGGAGCCUCUUCCGAACCCCUGGAGUCGUCCGCACAUCGCUUGCACUCCCGACUGCUCGAACUACUCCACUGUCGACCUCGAGAGGAUGGGCGUUUUGGCUAGACAAGUCCUCGCAGUUAGGAUCCCCGUGACCCGGAGCAGUUCCCACGGCUGCCAGCAAAGCCGCCAAAAGCAGCCGACCUCUACUGCCACUCAGAUUAGGCGUGGAAGCCUCCGCUCGCGCAAGGAGGCUCGUCCCGAACAGUGGUGCCAGGACCAAUUGGAGCAGCUGGUCCAGAGGGGCUACAGGAACCAAGCUCGCAACAAACGCGCGCUCCUGAUCUCCCUGGGCAACGUGGAUAGCGCUGUCAGGCUACUAGACCACUGGAACCGGUCUGUCGAGGAGGAGUAGGCUCCAUUUCUACUAUUUUUGUUGGGUUUCAUUAUUGCCCAAAUGUCCGUGACUUUGCAUCCCGAUUAGGGACUUCACAAAAUGCAACUAAAUACAGAAAGAUCCGACUAUUCGGACCUGA